AUGCUAGUUUUAUCUGAUGAUGAUCCAAAAGGCUUCGUCAGAUAUGGAUACAGUGGCGUAAAUGGACCCGACAAAUGGGGAAGCUUAAGCUCAGAUUUCAGUCUGUGUUCUCAGGGGAAAAAGCAAUCUCCAAUAAACAUUGCUAAGAACAUUACAAGCAACGACCCAGAUUUGAAACCAGCCGACAGGAAUUAUAAUAAGACACGAGCGACAAUCAUCAACAAUGGCUUAAACAUUGAGGUUCGAUCCUUCACCCGAUACGACAUUCACAAAAAGAACUUGUUCACUGCUAAUGGUUUAAUCUGGCAGCUAGUAUAUGAGAAAGGUCCUGGGAUUAUGGCUGUAGAUGGGAAGAACUACACCUUGGAAAAAAUGGUUUGGCAUUUACCAGCUGAGCACACAUUAGAUGGAGAAAGUUUUCCUAUGGAGCUUCAGCUAAUCCACAAGAGCGCCGACAACAAUAUCACAGUUGUUGCGAUCUUGUAUCAAUAUGGCAGUAAUGAUGCUUUCCUUCUACAGUUACAAGACGAGCUGCAGCAACUGCAACAGGAUACGUGCACAGGAGACGAAGAGGCAAGGAUCCCAGUUGGGCUUGUUCAAACGAGAACCUUGGUGCGCCAUACUCGUAAAUACUUCAGAUAUGUUGGCUCCCUCACCACCCCUCCUUGCACUGAGGAUGUUAUAUGGAUUAUCCUUGGCAAGGUGAGAAAGAUGACAGAGGAACAAGCUAACUUGCUGAGAGCACCCUUGAGUGCAGAGUAUAAGAACAAUUCAAGACCGACCCAGCCAAUAAAUGGCCGAACUGUGCGACUCUAUGAUGAAAUGCAUCAAGUCAAGAAUAUUGACUCCAACAAGUCCGACAAGAAUAGUGAGUCCAAGUCCAGUUGA